CCUACCUAGAUUCUGCGCCAAGAAAAAAAAAAUCCUCCUUUGGCUUCGCACUACUAUUUCUUUCCUACGAUGCCUCGCCAAUACGGCGGCGGCGGCCUUCGCCAUCAAACGAAAUGCCGGCUGAUGCUGCUGGCCCUCGCAUCGUGGAAUGCGGGUGUCCUUGCCUUGCCUGCAGCAUCUGGCCUGGACGACCAAAAAGUCUUGAGCCCGAUCGGGACUGAGGCUGCGUCACGGAAAUUGAACGGCCGGUUCCUGCAUAUUUCAGAUUUCCAUCCCGACGAGCUCUAUCGAGUGCACACCUCCACCGAGGAGAGCGUCGCCUGCCACCGCGGCAAGGGACUGGCUGGAUCGUACGGCGCCGAAAAAACCGACUGCGACUCACCCUUUUCGCUCGUCAAUGCGACUUUUGCCUGGAUCAAAGAGAACCUCAAGGACGACAUCGACUUUGUCAUCUGGACCGGCGACUCGGCCAGGCACGACAGCGACGAGCAGAACCCGCGCCACGAGCCUGAGAUUCUGCGGACAAACCGAAUCAUUGCCGACAAGUUUAUCGAAACUUUCUCAACACCUCAGCAUGGGCUGAGCAUUCCCAUCGUGCCCACAUUUGGCAAUAAUGACUUCCUCCCCCACAAUAUCAUGCUGCCAGGACCCAACAAGUGGUUUGCGGCUUACAGUGAUAUUUGGACCCGAUUCAUUCCCGAAGAGCAGCGCCAUUCAUUUACCUUUGGCGGCUGGUUCUAUGUCGAGGUCAUUCCCAAUCGCCUGGCUGUUUUCAGCUUGAAUACAAUGUACUUUUUCGACCGAAACGCUGGUGUUGAUGGCUGUGCCCAUCCCUCGGAACCUGGAUACAAGCAUCUCGAGUGGCUGCGCGUGCAGUUGCAAAUCCUGAGAGAGCGGGGCGUCAAGGCCAUUCUCAUGGGCCAUGUACCGCCUGCGCGGACGGAGAGCAAGCAAAACUGGGACGAAACUUGCUGGCAAAAGUAUACGCUGUGGCUGAAACAGUAUCGUGACGUGGUUGUUGGCUCUCUAUACGGGCACAUGAAUAUCGACCAUUUCCUACUUCAGGAUGUCAAGGAGUUGACCCCUGAAUUGGGUCUGGACAAGUUGAACCCACGCGGAUCUCCAGAUGAGGGUCUAUCAAUCUCGUCCAAGGAAGAUUAUCUCCAGGAACUGCGAGAUGUGUGGGCAGGCUUGCCCAAGUCUGUUGCUCGAGAACUAGACGAAGAGACAAGCGUUGGUGAUGAUGAAGGAGCAGAGUCGGAUAAGAAGAACAGAAAAAAGAAGGGCAAAAAGCACAGGAAGAAGAAGCAGCUCCGCAAGAUUGGCGGUAAAUACGCCGAGCGGUUUCAGCUUUCUUUGAUUAGCCCAAGCGUUGUGCCGAAUUAUUUCCCCACGCUUCGCAUUGUCGAGUACAAUAUUACCGGAAUCGAAGACACGCCUGUGUGGCGAGAUGCAUAUGACUUGGCCAAUUCCUCUUCACCACUGGGUCUGCCAGAAGAAGACACACGCGAUUACGGAGACUUGGAAGAGAUACUGGUCGAGAUUGUUAAGAAGAAGAAGGGCAAGAAUUCCAAGGGCCCUCGUAGGCCACCCAAGGACCACGAUCUGAUAGUUCCUCUUGACCCGCCUAAGAGCUCGCUUCCUGGACCUGCCUAUGCUCCUCAAGUGCUUACCCUGACUGGAUAUACUCAGUACUAUGCCAAUCUCACCCACAUCAACGACGACAUCCCUGAUGACGAUGUUGGUGGCUUUUUGGGCAUCAGCAAGUGGCGCAAGGGCAAGCAUGACCACAAGGAGCCCAAGCAUGGAAAGCCGAACCCUCGCGACUUUGAGUACGAAGUCGAGUACAGCACGUUUACCGACAAGGCCUAUAAGCUGCCUGAUUUGACAGUAAAGAGCUUCCUAAGGUUGGCCUAUAAGAUGGGCCAGAAAGAUGUCGGCGGCAAAAGCGAAGCAUUGGACGCAUAUGAUGAGGACGAGGACGAGGAGUCGGGCACAGACGAAGUUGCAGAUGGUGCUCUGGAAUCGAUGGGCAAGAAGGAGAAGGGGAAGAACAAGAAGGAAAAGAAGGAAAAGAACAAGACUUGGCUGACGUUUUUGAGCCGUGCUUUUGUUGGUACGGUUCCAAAAGAGGAGCUGCAGAAGAUGUGAUAUGAAAGCUCUACAUACCGCUCUGUUUCCUUUGUCUUUUUUCUUUUUACAUACUCUUUCCCUCUAAUCGUCAUCGUCGAUGACAUUUAGAGCAGAUGAGUUGCACGGCAUCGGCGUUUGACAUUUACGUGGAUUUUAUCAUCGGGUGGACGAGUUUAGCAUUGCCUGCCAGACAGGCUUUGUGGUGGAUUAGGAAACGGCUUUGAAGCGGCUUCUUGUUUUUACACACAUAUCACGCCAUUAGCUUUGUGGUAUCGUACUGGAGUACCUUUCUUUUCGUCGGGCCUACGAGGCUAUACAAUUAUUUAUACCCCUGUUUGUGUACUAGUAUCACGGAAAUGUAUUCUGGAUAUGGCAUUUCUUAUCGAAAGAAUUAUAUGUACAAUAUUGAUUUAUUCAUGAUUUGAGACAUAUUCAAAUGUUUGCGAUAUAUUGUGACGUCAUCUUCAUCCUCGUAGU